CCGGCUCGCAGCGCGGUGCAGGGGGUGUGGCCAAAGGGCCAGGUGGGCUCUCGCGCUAGGGGAACAUAGAUGGCUGGACACAGAAUCUAGAGAGUUCAAAUAAUCUGGAGAUGUUUCAACCUUCAGGUUCCACUGGGCUCAUCCCCCCAUCCCACUUCCAAGCUCGGCCCCUUCCAACCAUGCCAAGAAUGGCUCCCACUUGGGUGUCAGACAUUCCCCUGGUCCAACCCCCGGCCCAUCAAAAUGUCUCAGAGAGGCAGCCAGACAUCCAGAGACCUCAAGUGAUCAUGUGGGAACGGGAUGUUUGUGGCGAUGGGCAGGAGCCAGGACGGAGAGGCAGGUCUGUGGAGCUGCAGGGGUCGCAGGCCUUGAGCCAGCAGGCAGAGCUGAUCUCUCGGCAGCUGCAGGAGCUGCGACGGCUCGAGGAGGAGGUCCGAGUCCUGCGGGAGACCUCGCUGCAGCAGAAGAUGAGGCUGGAGGCCCAGGCCAUGGAGCUGGAAGCUCUGGCACGGGCAGAGAAGGCCGGCCGAACUGAGGCUGAGGGCCUGCGUGCUGCCUUGGCCGGGGCCGAGGUUGUCCGGAAGAACCUGGAAGAGGGGAGCCAGCGGGAGCUGGAGGAGGUUCAGAGGCAACACCAGGAGCAGCUGUCCUCCUUGACUCGGGCUCACCAGGAGGCUCUUUCCAGCUUGACCAACAAAGCUGAGGGCUUGGAGAAGUCUCUGAACAGUCUGGAAACCAGGAGGGCAGGGGAAGCCAAGGAGCUGGCCAUGGCCCAGAGGGAGGCCGAGCUGCUGAGGGAGCAGCUGAGCAAGACCCAAGAAGACCUGGAGAUUCAGGUGACCUUGGUUGAGAACCUAAGGAGAUAUGUAGGGGAACAAGUUCCCCCCGAGGCCCACAGCCAGACAUGGGAUUCAGAGCGACUGGAGCUUCUAGGGACUGUGCAGCACUUGCAGGAGGACCGGGAAGGCCUGCACGCCACGGCGGAGUUGCUGAGGGUGCGAGUGCAGAGCCUCACACACAUCCUGUCCAUGCAGGAGGAGGAGCUGGCCAGGAAGGUUCAGCCUUCAGAUGCUCUGGAGCCGGAGUUUCCCAGGAAGGGCCAGUCCCUGCUGAAGCGCUGGCGGGAGAAGGUGUUUGCCCUCAUGGUGCAGCUAAAGGCCCAGGAGCUGGAGCAUGGAGCACGUGUGCAGCAGCUGAAGGGACAGGUGGCAGAGCUCCAGGAAAGAGCCACAGCCCAGAGCCAGGAGCAGGCCAUCCUGCAGCGUUCCCUGGAAGACAAAGCUGCCCAGGUGGAGGUGGAGCGGAUGGGCACCAAGUCCCUGCAGAUGGAGCUGAGCCGUGUGCAGGAAGCCUGGCGCCGGGGGCAGCAGCAGACAGUGGCAGCCGAGGAGCAGCUGAAACUUGUGGCCAAUGCUGUCAGCAGCUUUCAGACCUGGCUCCAGAGCACCGUGGCCGAGGUGGAGCGGGCCGCAGCCCGGCUGCCCAGCCUCAGCAGCCGAGUCAGCUAUGCUGUCCGCAAGGCACACACCAUCCGGGGCCUGAUGGCUCGGAAACUGGCCCUUGCUCAGCUGCACCAGGAGAGCCACCCCCCAGCCCCACCCACCGAGGAUGUGAGCCUUGAGUUGGAGCAGCUACGGGAAGAGCGGAAUCGCCUGGAUGCAGAAGUACAGCUGAGUGCCCGCAUCAUCCAGCAGGAGGUGGGCCGUGCCCGGGAGCAAGGGGAGGCAGAGCGGCAGCAACUGAGUGAGGUGGCCCAGCAGCUGGAGCAGGAGCUGCGGCGGACCCAGGAGUCCUUGGCUAGUGUGGGGCUGCAGCUGGAGGCGGCGCGCCAGGGCCAGCAGGAGAGCACAGCAGAGGCUGCCAGUCUUCGGCAGGAGCUAACCCAGCAGCAGGAGAGCUAUGGGCAAGCUCUGCAAGAGAAGGUGGCUGAAGUGGAAUCCCGGCUGCGAGAACAGCUUUCGGAAACAGAGAGGAGACUGAACGAGGCUCGGAGGGAGCAUGCCAAGGCCGUGGUCUCCCUGCGCCAGAUCCAGCGCAAGGCCACCCGGGAAAAGGAGCGGAACCAGGAGCUCAGGCGCCUGCAGGAAGAGGCCCGGAAGGAGGAGGGGCUGCGGCUGACCCAGCGCCUGCAGGAGCUGGAGAGGGACAAGAACCUCAUGCUGGCCACCUUGCAGCAGGAGGGUCUCCUCUCCCGUUACAAGCAGCAGCGACUCUUGGCAGUUCUUCCUUCCCUGAGUAAGGGGAAGUCCGUGCAGUCCAGUCCCAGGCCGGCAGGGUCUUCAGCAUCUGGACCCCCAGCAGCAGCACUCUCUCCCGGGAAGACCAUACACGGAUCCCUCUCUGUCCUGCUGGAGGACCUGCAGGGACUGAGUGAGGCCAUCUCCAGAGAGGAAGCAGCUUCUCAAGGAGACGACCAGAGCUCUCCUGCUCCGACUGCCAUUGAGCAGCCAGGGGCUCGGAGCACCUGGGAGCUCGGGAGGGCCCUGGGGGCCCAGAAGGAUCAUGGGGAAGUGGGGUGAGGUUUGGGGGCCUGCCCUUGGGGAUACCAGCCACCAAGGUGUCUGGAUUCUGUGCCUCAAUAAAGCUGACUGCA